UCCAGAGAAGGAAGUGGAAACAAAAAAGUUUUCUCUUGCGGUUCUUUUGCAGUACAUUCACAAAAAAAGAGUCUGAAACUUACAUUCUUUCAAGUAACAUCAUGAAGUUGGAUCAGUACAUUACUUGUGUUAUUGCUGUCAACCUUUUAUCAUUAAAUGGCAUGCUGUUCGAUAAUGGAACAGGAGAGGAGGAAUGUGCCAAGACCUAUACGGGGGCACAUGCCAGCGAAGAGUGUUGUAACAAGGGCUGUAUGUGGGGCUCAUGCCUGUCCAUGGUUUGGAAUACCAAACCUGUAUAUCACUAUGGAUGCCAUGCGAUUGGCUGGAAUGGGACAAAAGAUUGUCUUGAAGGUAAAAUACCAGAUAUCAUCUGUCCAACAGAAGCAACGAAGCCAGUUGUGGGAUCCUUCUGCACGUUCAAUCAUGGGGAGUGUAAUGACAUCACUGGUGCAUUCUGCAACACUACGGAGAACACAGCAACGGACAUUACCAAGGCGUUAUGUGAGUGUGCCGCGAUCUACCAACCUGGCAAGAAAGGGGAUGUGAAAUGCAUUGCCAGAGACUGCACAGACGACAAAUUUUGUGUUGACCUGGACAAGGGCUCAAAGUGUCAUAACAGGACAUGUGCCUGUAAAGAAGGUCUGGCGAUUGACAGCUCCACCAAAACAAGCACUUGUUCUCAGAGACCUGAUCCUACCACUACACCUGCAGCAGACACCUGUUCAGAAGUUGGAGGGAAAGAUGAAUGCUGUGGAAAGGCCUUAUGCAAGUUUGUGGAGUGUACGGACAAGACCAACAGUACAAGCACAAUCACUGUAUGCUAUGAGCUGGACUCAACCAUGACUGCUAAAUGCGAGGAAGAGGCCCCUGAUAAUAAGUGUCGAGCAACUAACAUUACCACCACACUUGGUCCGACUGACCCAUGCCAGGCUCAGAGUAACCAGACCGCAUGCUGUGGACAGACUGACGACAAGUGUGUGUUUAUCUCAUGUACUGGCCUCGAUGACCAACCUCAUACAGGAUGUCACAAAAAUAGCACAGAUUACCCAGCAUUUUGCAAGGAUGCAGCAACCGAUAUGUGCAAAGGUACGGAGUCCACCACCAAAGAGCCCACAACUAAAGCCUCCACUGAGGCCCCAACUGAUGCCCCCACUACUGCCCCCACUACUGCCCAACCCACAACCGAGUCUAAUCCAAACUCCACAACCUCUGCAGAGGCAAUAUCAGGAGGUUCCAGUGAACAUGGUCAACAUUUUGAUGGGGCUUCAUUUAUAGGAGGGAUUGUGUUAUGUCUCGGGAUUGUGGCUAUUGCUUUCUUUGGUUGUAAAUUCUAUAAGACCAGAACUGAGAGAAAUUAUCAUACUCUGUAAAUCUGCUGAAAAUUGAGUUUUCAUUAUAGGCACAUUCUGUCAGAUUGAUAAUAGAGUAAAACAAAACUGAAUUAUUUAUGAUUUCAAAAAAAAUGUAUUUAAAUCAAUACAGUGGAAAACAUGUGUCUCAAAUUAAAAAAGAACAAACAUAAUUAUAAUUGAGAUUUAUUUACAAAUUCAUUUGAAUUUGAAACCAUCACCAGACAUUUUGUUUUAUAUUUGUUUUGACUAAUAGUGGUGUGUGUAAAAUGCAGUCAAUCUUUCAGAACCUACCUUUUAACUAUAUGAAAAUAAAUCCAUUUCUAUAAAAGUGUCAAUGUAUUAUUUUAGAUUAUUAGAAAUUUAACUAUGUCAUCCUCUAGUCGGCCAUAGUAGAGUUUAGUUAAAUUAAAACAAGUUUUGCAUGCAUAAAGAGGCACUCAUAUCUUUUUACGAAAAAAGCAUGUACAAGGUAAUUGAAAUAAAUUUAUAUUUGGUUAAUUUGUUCAUGUUUACUAUGAAAUCCCAGUGUUCACAACUUAAAACAGUUGAAAAGACUCGAUCUACAAUAUAUACUAUAAAGAAUAUUUGCUCAUGCAAGAUGCAUUUGUUUUGUGUAUUCAUAUUAAUACAGACGAUUACAAAACUUGCUGCAAAGAUUUUUUUUAAUUUAUUGAUGACUGUCAAAUAUUCCAGUAAUGGUUUUAAUCCGUGUUUCCUUGGUAAUCAGCAGCAGGAAUUUUCCUACGUUCACCAAGGUACUAUGAAUGUGGGUAUUUUAAAAUGGUAUGGUCCAUGUAUACAUUGCACCAACAAAAAAUACAAGUUUAAAGGUAGUCAAGCUCAAAUGCAUCUUUAAACCCAUUAAAACACAAAUUUAUGAUAUACUUAUUGUACUUAACCUUUUAAAAAUGUAAUGAAUAACAGGAGAAUUCUUUUAGCCCUUAAACAGAAUGUCCAAGUCUAUUUUUAGAAUAGAAAUGCGAUAUAAACUGUAUGCAACUAUGCGCUAGCAGCAAAUAUAUCAAGAAACAGAUCAUUUUAAUCUUGAAAACCUCCAUUUGUUAUAAUUAUUAUUAUUAAAGGUAAAAUUAAGCAGAUUUCUUCUUCAAUUUUUCAUGCAUGUGGUACAUCAUACAUUGCACAGGCAUCCUAUUGUUGUAAUUUUUAUUUUAAGGAAUGAGGUUUAUUGCCUUUAAAGCAUGGUGAAUGCAUUUGACUCCAUUUAAUCAUGUAUUUAUGGUAGAUUUUGACUUUCAGAAGUAAAUGUGAUACACAAUUGUUGUUUUUGCUAGUUUCAUAAAAACUUGAAACUAUCUGCCUGCAGAAUUAAGGUGGAACGCGACUAUGAAUUUUUUUUCGAGUUAUUGUCUGAAAAUUGGAAUACGAAUAAAAGAGCAUAUGCCCAGUUAGGGACUGAUUUUACAUUUUCAAUAUUCGGAACAGUUUUAAAACUAUGACUCCUCAAAAUAUGCCACUGACGUCAAUUUUGAGACGUCUCUCAUAUUUUUGCGUUCCAGCUACAAUAACCGAUAGUUUCACCAAUUCUUCAUUUACCGCUAAGAAAUUUAAACCUCAAGUGCAUCUUGUGAAAACGUUUACGCACAUAUAUUUUUCUUUCUCUUGUUUUACAUUAUUUUUUUAAAAUCCGUCUUUAACGUCAUUUUUCGCGGGAAAAACGGCGUCGUGUUUCGCUGAAAAGUGCGCCUUUCUUUAAUUCUUGAAAAAAACUGCUCGUUUAAUUUUUAAUUGAUGAAAAUAUCGGUUAUUGUAGCUGGAACGCAAAAAUAUGAGAGACGUCUCGAAAUUGACGUCAGUGGCAUAUUUUGAAGACUCGUAGAUUCAAAAUUGUUCAGAAUAUUGAAAAUGUAAAAACAGUCCCUAACUGGGCAUAUGCUCUUCUAUUCGUAUACCAAUUUUCAGACAGAAACUCGAAAAAAAAUACAUAGUCGCGUUCCACCUUAUUGGGAUAAAAUCAUGUCUAGACCUUCAUAGAUUUUAGUAUGUCAAGCAAUUUGUCACAUAUACAUGAAUAUGAUUAUAUACGCUUGUUGGUAAUUUAGAGGUUUUUAGAAUUUUAGAAAUUGGGUGUCUAUCUAGCUAUCUUCUAUUAGUAAAGUUUUUUUGUUUAUUCAAUCCAUUAAGGGGCUUGGUUUUCUAUCCGUACUAAUUUGUUUAAUAUUACUUCAACUAAAAGUUUACAUAUUAUUCUUUAACCAUAUUUAUUCUAGUUGCUCUAUAGUGUUUGUUUUUAAAACAUAGUUCUGUCAAUGUUCAUUCCAAUAUCAACAAAUCACCAUUAACAAAAUUGUAGCCUUAUUGUGAUGCUGAUGCUAUUGCUGUUGUUGAUGAUGACAAUUGUUGAAGAAAUGUAAAUUGCAUUCAUAGUUUAAUAUUACUGUUGAGAAUAAAUAUUUUGAAUAUAUUCACUUUAGAUGACAUUAUUUUUUGUCCCUGUCUGACAUUAUAAUUGUUAAGAUGUUUAAGUUGUGCUGAUUACUAAAAGAGCUGUUAUAUGGUCUAUUACAUUGAACUUCAUUUGUACAGGUUUUCAAACAUUUUUGCAACAAAAUUUCUUGUUCAUGACUGUUAGAAUUCAAACUUCCCUUACAAGCCUCAUACAUUUAAUAUAAUACAUUCUGUAUUAAAUGGUAAGAAUGUUGAUACUUAAUCAUUGCAAUGUCGAAUUUUGGUGGAAUCUUAAAGUGGGCACCAUUGAUGCAACAAGAACAAUAUGGCCAUUUUUAAAUGAACAUGAAAAGUAUUACCUACAUUACAUAAUGACAUAAUCCAUUCUGGCAAUAAUUAUUACCAGUAAAUAAGUUCAAUGGCUAUGCCAAGGUGUGUGAUUCAAGUGCAAUAAAGGGAUGAUUUAGUUAGUAUAUUAUAUUGACAGGUUAGAGUUUGUGAAGAGGGAGAAGUUUUCUACAUUUUGGGGGAGUGUUUUCAUUUAUAGUUUAUAGGGAAAGAAACUUCUCCCUCGUCAGCUCAAAUAAGGGAGAAGGUUGCCUAUGAAGGGGUUGAUCCAUGACAUUGGUUUUAAUAUGUCAUUUAGAGCUAUAUUUUUUCUCUGAACGAGUAUUUUGUGAAAUAUUCUCUGAUCUGCAUGUAAUCACCCAUGACAUUGUUUACAGAAAUGUAUAUAUAGUUGUGUUGUAAAGAAGAAAAGGAUCUGUAUUAAUCCAAGUGCUUAAUAAAUUGUUUUAAAACGUUA